AAUGGACGCCACAACGGCUGGUACACCGGUCUCUGAUGGCCCAAAUAAUAUUGUUAAAUUAAAUGUUGGAGGUGGCAGGUUUACAACUUCACGAGAAACUCUCACAUGGAUCCCAGACACAUUUUUUACAAGUCUUCUAAGUGGUAGAUUAAAUUCUAUAGUUGAUGAAAAUGGUGCUUAUUUUAUUGAUCGCGAUCCCGAUCUUUUCAAGGUAAUUCUCCACUUUUUGAGGACAAGACAUUUACAAUUAAGCAAUGAUACAUCUCCUGCUAUGAUUGAUGCUUUACAAGUUGAAGCUGAUUUUUUUGGAGUCACUCCACUAGUUAAGAGGCUGAAAGCUUGUAGGUUAUUAACAGAGGACUCUUGUGGAGGUGUACACUUUGUAUCUUCUCUUCCGCCGCCUGAGGUUACUGAGGCUGUUGAAGAGAAAACUGUUACCGUAAUUAAAGCUCAACAUAACUGGCUCGUAGCUGGCUAUGCUUGUAAAAGAUUAUCGUUGUAUCGAAUCAAAACACCUCAAAUAUGGCUUCCUGUAUGGACAAGCGAACAAUUAGAAACUGUUGUUGAUGAAGUAGCGUUAAUUAUUAGGCAGUCGAGAAGCCUUCUGUGUGCUAAUACUCCCCGUGAUUGCAUAAAGAUUUGGUCUUUUUUUUUAAAUGGUCAAGUUCAAGAAAUUGAUGUCCUAAAACUUGGAGCAAAUGUCACUAGUCUUUUAGUUGGGUUUGAUGAAUCUUUGGUAGCUAUUGCAAAAACUGGAGAGAUUGGGGUAUGGCAAAGUACAUUUUCAAGGCCUUGGACAGUUUGCAAAGUGGUAACUCCAAUUUUUUCGUUUGCAUUUGCCCCCAAUCUAAUACUGCUACUUGGCUGCUCUGAUGGAGUUAUUAGAGCUAUAGAUCUCCACAAACUCCCAAUUAAAUAUAUCAAUAAUUCUAUGGCUGAUUUAUUAGUUACUGAUUGGUAUAUAGAUCCGAAUAGAUCAAAAAUCACCGCUGUUUCAAUACAUCUACCUCAUUGUAAACCUCAUUCUUAUCACAAUAAAUGGUUUGAAGUUGCCUAUGGUACGGCUAAUGGUAGUAUACAUAUUCUAGUUCAAUAUCCGGAGACUAAAGCCGCGACGAAUGGACCAGCGCUUGUUCAAACAAUUCUAGUCCAUACAAGCCCUGUUAUUUCUCUGCAUUUAUCUGAUCUCAAUUUGUUCUCAAUUUGUUCACAAUAUGGCCAUGUUCGAACUUUUCAAGUAAAACGGGAAUUAGGUCUUAUGGCAACACAGCCUCACCCACCAACCAAACCAGUAGCUUCUUUUAGGAUUCUUUGCUUAGAUGAUAAUGUCGAUGAAUGGCAAAUGAAAGUUCAUGGAUCGGAGAAUCUUGUCUUUGCUCAUAAACUAGUCCCUAAUUGUAGCGAGGUUUAUAUUAGAAACGCUUUAAAUGGUAAGUGCAUAACAAGAUUGGAUGCCGUAGAUGGUAGUGCCGUCACCGAUUUACUAGUUCAUGACGCACCUAAUAACCUUGGUCGCUAUAUCAUCACGGGACAUAAUUCUGGCAGUUUACAAGUUUGGGAUUUUGCAGCCGCUUUAGAAAUGGCUAAAACUGAAUCAUGCAAAGGGCCAGAUAUAAGUCGACUUGUACGUCAUCUUUCAGGAUGCGAUUUGAACAGAGGCAUGAAUACCCCAACAGUAACACCGUGGCCCUCAAAUGCGUCUAUUAAGUCAUCCUCCAUUGGAAAAUAUUGGCACUAA